GGCAAAAUGUUACGAGUUUGGCCGUGUUCUCUGGGUGGGGUAAACCAUGAAGCGAAUGGUCUCGGGAGCGACUCGAGGGUAUUUUCAUCGCAACAGUAGAACACGUGCACUCGGGCACAGUGCACGCACACGGCGGCUCCUCUCUGGUAUCUCGGAUUCCGUGUGCAUCGUUUGCGUUUGGUGUUCAACGUGGCAAAAUGUAACGGGAACGAACAACAAAGGUUCGUUUCGGUAGAGGGUUUCGAUCGUUUCGCGUGGCGGAGCUAUCCGGGACGCGGCGUCCUGGCGGAGGAUGGGAGCCAGAUGAUUAUUGUCGUCCAUGGGAUGGCAAUAUGGCGAACAUCAAGGUGGCAGUGCGCGUGAGACCGAUCUCUGCCAGGGAGCUGAAACAAACAGGAUCCGCGGUGGUGGUUCGCACAGACCUGAACGGGAUCUCCCUGACGAACCUGAAGGUGUCCUCGAGCAAGGCUGGGGACAGUCGCGAGCGGACGCGAAGAUAUGGUUUCGAUUACUGUUUCGACUCCUCCGAUCCCGAAGCAGAAUAUUUUGCGGACCAGGCGAGGAUCUACGAGAUCCUCGGCCAGCCCGUCCUGGACGCUGUAUUCUCAGGAUACAACUCCUGUUUGGUGGCGUAUGGGCAAAGCGCUUCUGGAAAGACCUACACUAUGAUGGGGACGAAGGAGGAUCCAGGACUCACGCCUCGACUGUGCGAGGGGAUCUUCUCCAGGAUCGAGGGGAGUACCGAGAAGACCUACUGCGUUUCUGUCAGCUACCUGGAGAUAUACAACGAGAGGGUGAGGGACCUUCUGAAGCCGUCCUCGAGUACAAGCGGAUUGAGAGUUCGCGAGCAUCCUCGACUGGGCCCUUAUGUUCAAGGACUGACCCACCACGUGGUCCGCACCCUGGGUUCGUUGAUGUCCUACGUGGAAGAAGGGACGAAGGCCAGGAAGACAGCGUCGACCCUGCAGAACCCAAGCAGCAGUCGCAGCCACGCUCUGCUGACCAUCGCCGUCUCUCCAGAGUCGUCGGACCUCGCUGUCGGCAGCGGUCACUCCUCUUCGAGAAGAUCGCGAGGCGGUAGCAAGCUACGAUUAGUCGAUUUAGCGGGCAGCGAAAGUGCGGCCACGUGCAGCGGCGUUCAUCGACUGAAGGAGGGUGCGAAUAUAAACAAGAGUCUAGUGGCUCUAGGGAACGUAAUAUCAGCCCUUGCGGAGAGAGGCUCGGCCGGAAGUGGUCCAGGCAGGAGGUUCAUCCCUUAUAGAGAUUCUUCGCUUACUUGGCUGUUGAAGGACGCACUUGGCGGAAAUGCCACUACCAUUAUGCUCGCCAGCGAGCUAAGGCGCGGCCCGGUUAAAAUUCGAUAACCGUCGCGAAAAUGCAGUAACAGGGGGAAUCGCAAUAUCACCCGCCAGCGGAAGUUACAACGAGACCGCGCACACGUUGCGAUUCGCGCAAAGAGCGCAGAGCGUGGUCAAUCGACCAGUGGUCAACGAGGAUCCCGUGGCGAGGGUCAUCCGUGAGCUGAGGGCGGAAGUGGC